AUGGGAUCCUACCAGCCCGGCCGCGAGUACGACGUGGUCCUCGCUGGAGGCGGCACGGCGGCCUGCGUCGUGGCCGGCCGCCUGGCCGAGGCGGACCCCAGCCUGGCCAUCCUGCUGGUCGAGCGAGGGCCCAACAACCUCGACGACGCGGCCGUGCUCACGCCGGCCCUGUACCGAUCGCACCUCCUGCCGGGCUCCAAGACGACCAUUUUCUACAAGGCCAACAGGGAGGCGGCCAUCAACGGCAGACAGGCCGUCGUGCCGGCCGGCGGCGUGCUGGGCGGCGGCUCCUCCAUCAACUUUAUGAUGUACACGCGCGCCCAGGCGUGCGACUACGAUUCGUGGAACGCUCGCGGCUGGGGCGCGGACAGCUUGCUCCCGCUGGCCAGGAAGCUGGAGACGUUCCACUUCCAGGGGCCCCAGUACGACGCGAGCCUCCACGGCUACGACGGGCCGAUCCACGUCUCGCGCAGCACGUACGGCUCCAGAGCGUUCCAGGACGAUAUCAUGGCUGCCGCCGAGGCCGUGGGCGAGAGGGAGGUGCCCGACCUGCAGGACUUUAGGACCGCGAGCGGAUUCUCCCGCUGGGGCGGAUACAUCAGCCCCCAGGGCCAGCGGCAGGACGCGGCGCACCGCUACGUCCACCCGCUCAUCCAGUCGGGCCGGUGCCCGAACCUCCACGUGCUGGUGGAAACCACCGUCUCGCGCGUCCUGUUCCAGGGCACCCGCGCGGUGGGCGUCGAGGCCCUCCCCACCGGCGCCGGCCCGGACGCGAAGCCCCUGGUCGUCAGGGCCCGCAGGCUGGUCGUCGUCUCGGCCGGCGCUCUGGGGACGCCCCAGAUCCUCGAGAGGUCGGGCGUGGGCAGCCGGGCCGUCCUGGCCGAGCUGGGCAUCCCGGUGGUCUCGGACCUCCCCGGCGUCGGGGAGGACUACCAGGACCACAACCUGGCGGGCUACGGCUACAAGUCCAACCUGUCGCCCGACGAGACCCUCGACGGCCUCAUCUCGGGCCGCCUCGACGUCGCCGCGGCCGUCAGGGAGCGCAACCCCAUCCUGGGGUGGAACGGCCUGGACGUGGCGGCCAAGGUGCGCCCCACCGACGAGGAAGUCGCCGAGAUGGGGCCGGACUUUCAGCGUCUCUGGGACCGCGACUUUAAACGCCAGACGGAGCGGCCGCUCAUGCUCUUCGCCGUGGCGUCCUACUUCCUGGGCGACCCCGCGUUGCUGGGCGAGGCCACCGGCGGCGGCGGCGGCGGCGGCGACGACGAGGGACCCCACCAGUGCGUGACCGUGGGCUGCUACACCGCGUACCCCUACUCGCGAGGCAGCAUCCACAUCGUCUCCAGGGACGCCUCGGCCGCGCCCUCGUUCAACACGGGCUUCCUCAGCCACCCGGCCGACCUGGCGGUGCUGGUGUGGGCGUACAAGAAGCAGCGGGACAUGAUGCGGCGCACAAACGCCUUCGUGGCCGAGGUGCCCCUUUCCCACCCGAGCUUCGAGCCGGGCAGCAAGGCCGCGCUGCUGGACAGGCACCCCGUCGAGGGGGGCUACGCGUCCCUCGAGGACAGGCGCCACCUGCCGCCGGUCGAGUACGACGAGCGCGACAAUGCCGCCAUCGAGGAGCACAUCCGGUCCGGCGUGGGCACGGCGUGGCAUUCGUGCGGGACGUGCAAGAUGGCGCCCCGGGACAAGGGCGGCGUGGUGGACGAGGCCUUGAACGUCUACGGGACCGAGGGCCUGAAACUUGCCGACUUGUCCAUCUGUCCCGAGAAUGUGGGCGCAAACACAAACAACACGGCCCUGAUUGUGGGAGAGAAGGCGGCCUGGAUCAUCGGCCGCGAGUUGGGCUUGUCCAUUUCUCCGCUCGAGGGGGAGUGA